AUGAGGACAGGCUUCCCGGACACCAAUGGAAGCUCAAAUGGCGCUGACGACCUGCGCAAAACUGCCUUAAUCGAUGUCGAGCUCAAAAGACUCAACAUAGCGGUUUCCGCACUGCAAGAGACCAGAUUACCGGACGAAGGCUCAAUAUGCGAGGCCUCAUAUACAUUUUUCUGGAAGGGAAAGGACUCUGCUGCCGAACGUGAGCAUGGCGUUGGUUUCGCAAUCCGCAAUGAUCUCCUUUCCGCAAUCGAAACUCCUCGAGGAAUUUCGGAGCGCAUUAUGGUGUUGAGGAUGCGAAGCAACUGCGGCUUUGUUACUUUUAUUUCCGCAUAUGCCCCAACACUAGUUUCACCUGACGAAGCCAAAGACCAAUUUUACGACCAACUCACUGAGACGGUACGUGGCGUAAGUUCUAGUGACAGGCUUUACAUCUUGGGUGACUUUAACGCCCGGGUCGGCCAGGACAGCUCUGCUUGGCCCGAUUGUGUGGGUCCCCACGGCAUUGGAAAACUCAACGAGAACGGACAACGUUUACUUGAGUUCUGCUCGAGCCAAUUGCUGUGUGUGACCAAUACUUUCUUCAAGGGUAAGCCUAUGCGUAGGGUGUCCUGGAAGCACCCUCGCUCUGGUCACUGGCACCAGCUAGACCUAGUCCUCACCAGAAGAAAAGACCUCCGUAAAACCAUUCACACGCGUACAUUCCACAGCGCUGAAUGUGACACUGAUCAUUCCCUAGUAGUAACACGUGUAGCCCUGAUCCAUAAAAAGAUUCAUUCGUCCAAACCACCUGGUAAGAAGAAAUUAGACCUUCCUAAAACUAGGCAUGACGAUUUGAUUCGUGAUUUUGAGGAUUUGGUACGUAAGGAGACUGAAACUUGGGAUGUAAAUGCGACCGUCGAAGACGAAUGGAGUAAUGUCAGAACUCUUCUCACGGAAACAGCUGCCAAAGCUUUCGGCUAUCAGAGAGCUAAAUCUUAA